UUGCGAUUCAAGGAAGAAUGUUAAGAUUUAUUCUAAUUUUAUCAAUGAUUUUAUAUCAUUCUCUUACUGUGGCAACAGACUUUGAUAAAUGUGUACAAAUGUUGAUUGAUCUUCCCAACUGUAUGAUGGAAAAAUUCCGAGAUCAAACAAAAGAUAUCCAAGAUAAACUAAAGGAAUGCAAAGAAGAUGCAGAAUGUAAAAUGAAGUAUAUUAUUUGUGUACAAUCAAAACUAGCUUUAUGUGAUGACGAAGUUAUCAAAAAGCAAGUUCAAGAACAAUUGAAAUCAUUCUUGCAGUAAACUUGGUUCAUACAUAUAUUAUGAAACUGAUGUCAAUAGAACAGAUGAUCUGGUUAAGUAAUUUCUGUCAUAUUUUACCGAUAAUAUUUUUUUUCCUUGCACAUUCCCUGCAUACUUGUCAUACAUAGACUUCACACAACUAUGAGAUCACUUCAUCUCUUUCAAGUAGAAUUUUGUGCUUUAAAAUUAAUAAAUAUCUUAU